ACAACAACAACAACAACAACAACAACGACAACUACUACUCCUGCUACUGCUACUGGGCUAUUAAAAGCUCUGCGCUCUGUGUGAACCAUAAACGGAAAGGCAAGCAAGGAGCUUUCUACGCAAUCUCUCAGUCACCCUCACUCAAUACCGCGUGUGUGUGUGUAUGUGUGAGAGUGUGUGCGAGUGUUCAACGGUCAACGAAUUUAUGUUGCGGCCAGAGUUGUUGCUGGAUAAAAGUUUAAAUGCCAGGAACAGUUGCCAGCUAGCCGCAAAUAGAUCCCAAAUAGAAAACUUUCGAUGAGCGGCGCAACGGAGCGGCUGCUGCUGAGCCUGCAGCAGCCAGGGUCAGGUGUAAUGCCCCCAUCGGCAUCCGGCGACUACGACUGGGCGCCCAUCAGCGACGAUCAGUUCCUGGCCAGUGCGACCGGCCAGCGCAUUGAGGAGACAGCGCGCUAUGAUCUAACGGACUCCGUGGACGGCACUUUGGCCCCGGUGCUGUUCAAUGCGAGCCAGCGAUUGCUGAAUGCCAGCUAUGAGGCGCAGAACGAGAGCGCGGAUCUAGCGUGGCUGCGCGAAUGUGAGCUGGUUUACAAUCCGCAGCUGGAGAAUAAUUGCAUCGAGUUCUGGGUGUGCGGCGUCAUACUCAACAUUGUUGGCGUUCUGGGCAUACUGGGCAAUGUGAUAUCAAUGAUAAUUCUGUCCCGUCCGCAGAUGCGCUCCAGCAUUAACUAUCUGUUGACUGGUCUGGCGCGCUGUGACACGGUGCUAAUUAUUAGCUCCAUGCUGCUGUUUGGCAUACCCUCCAUUUACCCCUACACGGGCCACUUCUUCGGCUACUACAACUUUGUGUACCCGUUCAUAUCGCCGGCGAUGUUCCCCAUCGGCAUGAUCGCCCAGACGGCUAGCAUCUAUAUGACCUUCACCGUCACCCUGGAGCGCUAUGUGGCCGUCUGCCAUCCGCUGCGGGCGCGUGCCCUCUGCACCUAUGGGCGUGCCAAGAUCUACUUCAUAGUGUGCGUCUGCUUUGCGCUCGCCUACAACAUGCCUCGCUUUUGGGAAGUGCUGAAUGUGAGCUACCAGCUGCCCAACACGACCAUCGUGCUGCACUGCAUCAGGCCCUCGGCGCUGAGGCGCAACCCGACCUACAUAAAUAUAUAUAUACACUGGUGCUACCUGAUUGUGAAUAACAUAAUUCCCUUUCUCACGCUGGCCAUACUCAAUUGCCUGAUCUACAUGCAGGUCAAGCGCGCGAAUCGAGAGCGCCAGCGGCUUUCCCGCUCGGAGAAGCGUGAGAUCGGUCUGGCUACGAUGCUAUUGUGCGUGGUGAUUGUGUUCUUCAUGCUCAAUUUCCUGCCGCUGGUGCUGAACAUCUCAGAGGCGUUCUAUAGCGUCGUCGAUCACAAGCUGACGAAAAUCUCCAAUCUGCUGAUCACGAUCAACAGCAGCGUCAACUUUCUCAUUUACAUCAUAUUCGGCGAGAAGUUCAAGCGUAUUUUUUUACUCAUUUUUUUCAAGCGACGCCUGAGUCGUGACCAGCCGGAUCUUAUACACUACGAGAGCUCAAUUUCGAACAACGGCGACGGCACCAUGAACCAUCGCUCAUCCGGCCGCUUCUCACGGCACGGCACGCAGCGGAGCACCACGACAACCUACCUGGUCACCACCGGAGGCAGCAGCUCACUGAACAGCGUUCGGCUCACCCAAGUCUCCGGGUCGCCCGGCCUCCUGCAAAUCAAGCGGAAUCGAGCACCGUCGCCCGGCCCAGUCGUCUACUAUCCAGGUCCACGCGAAAUGCAACGCUCCGUCUCCACCACGAACUCGACGACAAAUAAUAAUACGGCCCUGGGCUACGACUGGACCGUGGAUGGCAAGAAGCUGGGCCACGUCUCCUCGGGCUUCUGAGCUAUCCAUAGUAGUGUACAUAAUGUAGAUGAUAGUUUCCUAGUCACUUAUGUAAAUAUAUACAUACUUCUCUCUAUAUAUGUAUAUACGAUAUAUACUUACUAUAUAUAAACUAAGCGCGCCAAGCGUCGCGUUACUUUGUGAUAAGCGUUAUGUGUUGCUAUGUCCUUCUCUAUACUCCACUUAAAGACAC